AUGACGCGUACACUGUUUGAAACCGUAUUCAAUGUUCCUUUGGAAUGUCAAUCUUGUGUUGACUCGGUCGAUGCUGCUCUCAAGCGCUUGAAGGAUAUUGAAAGUUUCAAUGUGGAUUUGAAAUCCGAAACUGUGACAGUGAUGGGAAACUUGCCCCCUUCCGAAAUAGUUAAAGCUAUUCAAGCCACUGGAAAGGAUGCGAUUAUCCGUGGUACGGGAAAACCAAAUUCGGCUGCUGUAUGCAUCUUGGAAUCUUUCGACCCAAAGGACAAGCUUCAACCAGUUAAAGGAUUGGCUAGAAUUGUUGCCGUCAGUGAUCUGGACGUUUACGUGGAUUUAACAGUCAAUGGCCUUCCAAAAGGAACGUAUUAUCCUCUGAUUAGGAAAUCAGGAAACUUAAGUUUGGGUGCUCUUUCCACUGGAGGACUUUUCCAUGCGUUCGCACCAAUUGAAGUGGAUCAGCCAUCUGAUUUAACUACUACCAUCAAUUCUUUGGGUGCCUUCAAUAGCGAUAAGCUGCUUUUCUCCGGUCAGUCUUUCCUCCAUGCAAACUUAAAAGUGCAAGAUCUAAUUGGCAGGAGCAUGAUUUUGUCGAAGCUCAAAGACGACAUCAGUAAGGACGCUCUUUGUGGGGUUAUUGCUAGAAGUGCAGGUGCAUGGGAAAACGAUAAAUCUGUUUGCAGUUGCACUGGAAAAACCGUGUGGCAAGAAAGAGUCGAUGCAGUCCAGAGAGGAGUAACUUCCUAA